GAGGAUGGACACGCAGCGAGGGCAGCCAGCCUCCCACAGGUCCUGCGGAGGGGCACCAUGGCUCAACCCAAGGGCACCGUCGUCCUCGCCUACAGCGGGGGCCUGGACACCUCCUGCAUCCUGGUGUGGCUGAAGGAGCAGGGCUACGACGUGGUCGCCUACCUGGCCAACAUUGGACAGAAGGAAGACUUUGAGGCAGCCCGAAAGAAAGCACUGGCGCUGGGGGCCAAGAAGGUUUACAUCGAGGACGUGUGCAGGGAGUUCGUGGAAGAGUUCAUCUGGCCGGCGGUGCAGGCCAACGCUGUGUACGAGGACCGCUACCUGCUGGGCACCGCGCUGGCCCGGCCCUGCAUUGCCCGCGGGCUGGUGGAGGUCGCCCAGAAGGAGGGAGCCCAGCACGUCGCCCACGGGGCCACGGGCAAGGGCAACGACCAGGUUCGGUUUGAGCUCACCUGCUACGCACUGUGCCCUAGCAUCAAGGUCGUCGCACCGUGGAGGCUGCCCGAGUUCUACCAGCGCUUCCCCGGGCGUCGUGAGCUGAUGGACUAUGCCCAGAAGCACGGGAUCCCGGUGCCUGUGACGCCCCAGACACCCUGGAGCAUGGAUGAGAACCUCAUGCACAUCAGCUACGAAGCCGGGAUCCUGGAGAACCCCAAGAAUCAGGCUCCCCCCGGCCUCUACACGAAGACCUGCGACCCGGCCACCUCUCCCGACACCCCAGAUGUCCUGGAGAUCGAGUUUGAGAAGGGUGUCCCCGUGAAGGUCACCAACGUCGGGGACGGGGCCGUUCGCCGCUCGGCCCUGGAGCUGUUCGUGUACCUGAACGACAUCGCGGGCAAGCACGGCGUGGGGCGCAUCGACAUCGUGGAGAACCGCUUCGUCGGGAUGAAGUCCAGAGGUAUCUAUGAGACCCCAGCGGGGACGAUCCUAUACCACGCGCAUUUAGAUAUCGAGGCCUUCACCAUGGACCGGGAAGUGCGGAAAAUCAAACAGGGGCUCUCCUUGAAAUUCUCCGAGCUGGUGUACAAUGGCUUCUGGCACAGCCCCGAGUGCGAGUUCCUGCGGCACUGCAUCGCGCGCUCGCAGCAGGCGGUGGCGGGCACCGUGCGCCUCUCCGUCUUCAAGGGCCACGUCUCCGUCCUGGGCAGGGCGUCCCCGCGGUCCCUGUACAACGAGGAGCUGGUGAGCAUGAACGUGCAAGGGGACUACGAGCCCGCCGACGCCACCGGCUUCAUCAACAUCAACUCGCUGAGGCUAAAGGAAUAUCAUCGUCUUCAGAGCAAGGUCACCGCGAAGCAGAAUGAAUAGCAAUCAAUCGCAUGUGGGCCUCCCGCUCCCCUUUCUAAUUUCUCUAAGAACCACCGCUAAUUGUGGUGGUAAUUUGUAAUUGUAACUCGUCUCCCAGAGUCAGCGCAGAGGUGAUGGCUUUGUUACGGGGCCCCGACGAGUGAAAUGCAAUCAUUAAAAAGGUGGUCGGCCGGAGGAGAAGUGGGGAAGGAAAUAAAACCAGCCACGCGCUGGGGCUGCUCCUUGAGCGCCGGGCUUUAUUCCUGCCUUGUUUGUUUGCUCUUCCUCCGCGCCUUGGCCGAGCGCUUCCCCACG